AUGGAACCUAGAAACCAAACAGGUGUUUCAGAAUUCCCUCUCCUGGCACUGACAGAGGAUCCCGAAGUGCAGCCUCUCCUCUUCAGCCUGUUCCUGUCCAUAUAUCUGGUCACUGUCCUGGGAAGCCUGCUCAUCAUCCUGGCCGUCAGCUCUGACCCCCACCUCCACACCCCCGUGUACUUCUUUCUUUCCACUCUCUCCUUUACUGACAUCUGUCUCAGCACCACCACGAUCCCAAAGAUGCUGGUGAACCUUCAAGCACAGAAUCAGAGCAUCACUUAUGCAGGAUGCCUCACCCGGGUCUGCUUUGUCAUGAUUUUUGCUAGUUUGGAAAAUUUUCUUCUUGGAAUGAUGGCCUAUGACCACUAUGUGGCCAUUUGUCACCCACUGAGGUACAUGGUCAUCAUGGACUCCUGCUUCUGUGGCCUGCUGAUUCUAGUCUCCUUGCUCGUGAGCAUUGUGGAUGCCCUUCUCCACAGUCUGAUGUUGUUGAGACUGUCCUUCUGCACAGACCUGGAAAUGCUUUACGUAUUUUGUGAAGUUUUUCAGGUCGUCAAAGUUGCCUGUUCUGAAAUCCUCACCAAUAACAUCAUCUUAUAUUUUGCAGCUAGCAUACUGGGUGUUGUUCCCUUCUCUGGAAUCAUUUUCUCAUAUACUCAAAUUGUCUCCUCCAUUUUGAGAAUGCCAUCAGCAGGGGGAAAGUAUAAAGCUUUUUCUACCUGUGGGUCUCACCUCUCAGUUGUUUCCUUAUUCUAUGGGACAGCUUUUGGUGCAUAUGUAAGUACGACAUUUACACACUCUUCUUGGAAGACCGCAGUAGCUUCAGUGAUGUACACUGCGGUAACUCCCGUGAUGAAUCCCUUCAUCUACAGCCUGAGAAACAGGGACGUGAAAGGAGCCACGAGGAACCUUAUCAGGUCCACAAUUGCUUUUCAGUGA